AUGUUAGUGGAAGAGGUUCCUAAGACCACAAAUUCGAACAGCACAACAGUUUAUUUUUCGUCAUCAAUUAACCUCAGUGCAAGGCCAUCUUCGUACUCGUUCAAGCAACAAGAUAACAAUCAAGACCAAGAUGAUUCUGGGAAUGCAAACAACAUAAAUAGACACAAUAAGAGUAGACCCAAAGUUAACUAUAAUUUGAAUCACUUAAUGAAUGCACAAACUCAGGCUAACGAUAUAGCUGCUUAUUCUGGACCUUUAAAAUCAUCGCAACAAAUUCAAUUAGAAAGAAUAAUAACUAAAAGAUUGAAUGAAUUAAACAAAGAAUCCGCCACCAACACGUUCGAAAUACCGAAGAACUUCACCUUUCAAAAUGCAAAUGCGAGUGGUGAUAAAAGGAAGGCGAGACAGGGAAAUACACCAACAACCAAGAAAAUAUUAUCUUCUCGUAGAAACUUGAAUCUGUAUUUUGAAGAAGAGCGAAAUUUGAUAUCCAUAAAUUCGAUUUUGAGUCUUAAUUACCAAUUCAUUGACCAAAUAGAUUCUACAAACGAAAUUCAAUCAAGCCAAAAGAAGAGAAAAUUAAAUGAAAGGGUUUUCAAACCCAGACUAAGAUUGUGUUGUAUAUGCGGGUCAAAUUCUAGUUAUGCUAGAUGUACAAAUUGUGGGUUAUUCGCCUGCAGUGUUAAAUGUAAUAAAUUACACGAAGACCUGAGGUGUAAUUAG